CGUUGAAUGACUUAGUACACCUUUAAUAGUGAUUUUGCGCUGUCGCUAGUCGCUUUAAUAUUAGUAAUAAAAUAAAUAUCAUGGGAGUGAUAUGUCAGAUAUUAUUGGACGGAACUGAAGAUGGUGUCUUUAAAGCUGGAGGACUAGUAACAGGGACGUUGAAGUACUUCAUAGACAAACCAACGCAGUACAGGAGGAUUACUAUGAGUUUUGUGGGAAAAGGAGAAUGUCAGUGGACCGAUAGUGAUUCCAAUUCUGAUGAUGAUGAUAGUACUGAUUACAGUAACAGUGAAGAAUAUUUUAUUCAAGCAGUCAAUGUAUAUUUGGGUACAAACAAGAAAGAUCUGCUAUCAGGUGCUUUUGAAUGCCCAUUUCAGUUCUUACUACCAGUCGAUAUACCAUCAUCUUUCAAAGACAAGAUUUCUUGCAUUAAAUACAAAAUCACGGUAACAUUUGUCAAAGAAAACUUUAUGAAAACGAAUAAGAAUUUUGAUGUAGAAAUACCAGUGACCAGCUACGUGAACCCAUGUUCAUUGGAGCCACUGAUGUUCAGUUUAAAGAAAGAUCUGUUUUCUCUUAAAGCUUCAAAUAAAAUUGAAAUCAAAGGCGAAAUAAUGAAAACGUGUGUAACUCCUGGUGAUAACUUCCAAAUGACACUUACAGUGAACAAUGAUUCAAGUACAUCAGUAUUUGUUAAAACCGAACUUGUUAGUCGUAUGACUUACAUAUCAAGUUGUAAACACAAGAAAGUUGCUGAAGAAAUCGUAAAAAAUACUUGUAUAAUGGAACCUGUAGCAACUAAUGGUGUCACAACUCUUGCUCGUAUGGUCCCGACAUAUCCAAAUAUAUAUUCCAUACAACAUACUAAAGUUCUGGUACGUGAAUAUAAAGUCAAAGUUACUGCUAAACUUCCUUUUCCCCAUAUAGAUGCUGUUUUAGAAAUCCCAGUGGCUAUUGGUUUAAAAAAACAUGAGCUUUUGGCACCAACUGUGGUUUAUAAUCAGAAUGAUGAAGAGCCACCACCGUAUUCAUCCAUAUCUGCACAAAAAGACAACUGUACAGACAAAGGUAAUGAUGGCGAAGAUGUUACAAAAUUAGAAGAAGUAGACUCUAGCAAGAACGAAAAGAAAGAGCUGGAUAAAGAUAAUGAUCAAGAAAAUAAAGGAAAAAUCUAACAUCAUAAAUGUUAUAGUAACAAUGUGAAGGAAAAUUAGACCAAGGAUGAGAUAAGGAAGAAUUUGUCCCAAGUUAGAGGCAAAUUUUUUUUCAUUCAUCAUCAGCUUGUUCUCGUCCACUGCUGUACUGUAUAUUAAUUACUUACCAAUUAAGUAAAAAUUCGAAGAUAACGUUAACUUCUGAUUAUGAUACUCGUAGAUAUAAUAAUUAUUUUUUUAAGUACGUAAUAAUUAUUAUAAUGUUGUGAUAAUGUAACGACGAUAAA